AUGGACUGUGGUUCUUCAACAAAUACAGUAAGUCCUGCAAAGGAUUCUAGGUCGAAUUAUACUGAUAUCAAAAUACAUCCUCAUCGCUAUCGGCAAACACCUAGAAACGUAGAACAAAAUGAACAACAUGCACAAAUAGAUGAUCUUGUACAGAAUUUCUUCCUAGUUUGGCUUGAUAAUCAUUUGGACGAGUUUGAGGAAGAUUUUCGUAAUUCGCUUGCGAAAUUACAACGAACCAUCGAUGUCAUAGAAAAAUUUCGUGAUACCAAUGAAUGCAUCAUGCAUAUUUCAAAGAGCAAAAACAAGAAAAUUUUUCUGGUCGUAUCUGGUAAACUAGCCAACGAUGUUGUACCAUUGAUGCAUGACAAGCCUCAAAUUUAUGCAAUUAAUAUAUUUUGUUUCGAUAAGUCAAAAUAUGAACAAUGGACAACAGAAAAAUGGCCCAAAGUACGUGGUGUAUUUACGGAUAUUGACUCGAUUUGUGAUUCACUUCGGCAAGCAGCACGAGAAUGUGAUGAUGAUGAUAUGAAUAUUACUGGUCAAAUUGAACCAUCAUUUAUGUAUUCAAUGUUAUUUAAAGAAAUUGUUCUUGAAAUUGAUUUCGAUCUGGAGAAAGAAAUUCCAGCUCUUGCCGAAUAUGCUCGUCAGGUAUACAAGGAUAAACCAGAACAACUUCCAAUUAUCGAUGAAUUUGUCCAGCAAUAUAAUGGUAACAUCAACAACAGUCCUGUUCGCUGGUAUACAGCCGAGUGCUUCACAUACAAAAUGUUAAACAAAGCACUCGGUCGAUUGGAUGUUGCUACUCUACUUAAAACAGGUUUUUUCAUGCGCGAUCUCCAUCGAAAUAUCGAAGAACUUCAUAAAAAACAAAUAAAUGAUAAUGAUGCACCAUUUCCAAAAUUAGUCUUCCGCGGCGAAGCUAUGACGCAAGAAAAUUUCGACAGCAAGAUUCAACAAGGCAGGCUCAUGUCUUACAAUAAUUUCUUAUCGACAAGUGAAGACAGAGGUGUUGCUCUUGAUUUCAUCAGUCGAAAACUCAAAUCGGACCAAACUAAAAUUGGCGUUCUAUUUAUUAUAACGAUCGAUUCGACAGUUCAAUCGACUCCAUAUGCGCAAAUUUCUAAAUUCAGCUUUUCUCCUGACGAAAAAGAAAUUCUCUUUUCAACACACUCAGUAUUUCGGAUUCGACAGAUAAAAAAAACAACAGAGCAUGACAUGAAUAUAAAGCAAGUCAACUUGACGUUGGCCAGUGAACAAAAUGACGAAGAGCUUACUAAACUAACAGAAAGUAUACGAGAUGACAUUAAAGGAAAUGGAUGGCAACAAAUGGGUUCGUUGCUUUGGAAAAUGAACCACAAUGACAAGGCAGAAGAAGUCUACAUGCUGUUGUUACAACAGGCAACUAGUGAUGAAGACAAAGCAUAUUGUUAUCAUCUACUUGAACUUGUCAAGGAUGACCAAGGAGAUUACAAACAAGCGCUGGAUUUCUACAAAAAAGGCAUCGAAAUGAACCAAACAAUUCUACCGGACGAUGAUCCCAAGUUGGCUUCUUCCUACAACAACGUCGCUGGAGUGUAUGAAAACAUGGGUAACUACUCAAAAGCACUUGAAUUUUACGAAAAAGCACAUAAAAUCUACGAAAAAGCUCUGCCUUCGAAUCAUUCCAUGUUGGCUACUUCCUACAGCAACAUCGGUGGAGUGUAUAAUAACAUGGGUGACUACUCUAAAGCACUUGAAUUUGACGAAAAAGCACAUAAGAUCUUCGAAAAAGCUCUGCCUCCGAAUCAUCCCGUGUUGGCUACUUCCUAUAACAACAUCGGUGGAGUGUAUAACAACAUGGGUGACUACUCUAAAGCACUUGAAUUUUAUGAAAAAGCACAUAAAAUUAAAGAAAAAGCACUGCCUUCGACUCAUCCCGAUUUGGCUAGUUCCUACAACAAUAUCGGUCAAAUGUAUAACAACAUGGGUAACUAUUCUAAAGCACUUGAAUUUUACGAAGAAGCACUUGAAAUAGGAGAAAAAGCUCUACCUCCGAAUCAUCCUGAUUUGGCCUAUUCCUACAGCAACAUCGCUGAAGUGUAUUACCAGAUGGGUGACUACUCAACAGCACUUAAUUUUUACGAAAAAGUAAAUAAAAUCUAUGAAAAAGCUCUGUCUCCGAAUCAUCCUUCAUUAGCUUAUUCCUACAACAACAUCGGUUUGGCGUAUUCCGGCAAGGGAGACUACUCAAAAGCACUCUCAUUCCUAGAAAAUGCACUUGCUAUCCGACAAAAAUCACUUCCGUCAACACAUCCUCUAAUUGAAGAAACAAAAGACAACAUUGACUAUGUAAAAAAGAAAAUGUAA